AGUUGAAUAAUGUCGUUAUUUCAUUUCUCUCAGUCAUGCAUGGGUUUUUACUAGUUCCGUUUUGUCUGUCGACUUGUUGCAGUCGUCAUCAUCGCUAUGAUACCUGAUAGUUACGGCGAAAUCUCGUAGCUAACCGAUUGCUAGCUAGCUUAGCUAACGUUAGCUUGUUAUCUGGAUGUAAACAAAGCUAGCUAGUUACCGUUAAUUGAGUUGACAUAAGUUACAACGUACAGGUACUUCCGAACAUAAGAUAGCUAGCUUAGCUAAAUUCUUAAAAUUUCAGGCAGUCAACUGCAUUUGUGUAGCGAGCGACUGUAGCUAAUUGGGGUUGCAGGCCUCUGAGAAUAAACUAACGGUAACAAGCUAGCUACAGUAGCUAGCCAUCGAACAGCUGUCAAAAUGGAUAAAGCGGAAUCAGAUCGUUUGAUAGAGAAAGCAAAGCUGUGCUUGCGGUCAGGGCGGAGAGAAAAAGCCCUUCAACUGUUGUAUGAAGCCCAGAAAAUAUUUCCCAGCACUCGGGCCAGAGGUAAAUGUCCCGUAAUGGCCGUCUUGUUAGCCUUGCUUGCCAACUUGAAUGUUUAAAAUAGAAAGUGCAACGUCUGUAUCUUGUGAAUGUGAAUUGCAUAAUGUAUGCUCGAAUCAGCAAAUUUGUUAUGCAUGUCAUCUGAAUAUUUACAACAUGGUAAGGCUUAUAAUAUAAAUAAUAUUUUUUGAUAGCGUGUUUGUGCCUGUAAGUGGAUGUACUUUUACUAACCUGUAGGCCACACUACAAUGUAUAGCUAUUGUAACUAGUCAUGUUUCUUUCAUUAACUUGCCGUGUUAUUACUCAACCUGGAGGUGCAGCUGUCAGCCAGCCAAACUGGUUAGUUAUUAUUAACAUACACUGAGUGUACAAAACAUUUGGAGCACCUGCUCUUUUCAUGACAGACUGACCAGGUGAAUGGUAUGGUCCUUUAUUGAUGUCACUUGUUAAAUCGACUUAAAUCAGUGUAGAUCAUUGGUCACCAACCUUUUGAGUGAAGAUCACAGAGUCAAACACAUUUUAACAUGACUUAAACGUAAGCCUAUGCAACAUUAAUUAUUUAAAAACCAUUUUGAAAUUAUAUUUCAAAAAUGUUGAUCACACUGGUAAUAGAUAAUUUGUUGUAUGUUACGUGUAAGGCACAGCUAACUGAGCAUAAUGCUUUUUUAGUUUUUAGUUUACUGGACUGAUGGCCUGCAUCUGAGGGGAGGGAGCAGUAGUGAGGCUGCCUCUCACCGUCUCUCCCUCCCUCUGCUGAGAAAAGGAGACAGUCUUCCAGCUGAUGGCGAAACAUAAGAGCCAAUUUAUGCCUGAUCCGAAAAUGUGGUCAGAGGCGCUGUAUGGGAUGGUGUAACGCAGAGGCCAAAUAGAGUGCGCAUUGCCGUGCACCUCCCAAAUGUUGUAACAAUGCUGAGAGCUCUGUAUAGCCUCAUGUACCAAUUCAUGUUACUCCUAUGACCAGAGAAAGUGAAAUAUUCCAGGAUAUUAAAAAAGACACAAGCUGCUAAUAAUAACAACAUAAGCUUAUCAGAACAAUUAAAGGCUAUGCAUGGUCAUUCCGACAUCUGCAUUGGCCGUGCAGCAUUCAUGGUGGUAUGGCCUCUGCAGAACUCAGGGCAUUCCUACUUCUUGUGCUUUGCCAAGCAGCAGCAGAGCUGUUGUCAAGGAAGUGAGUUUGUGUUUAUACAGGACCUCCCGCUCUCACCUACAAUCAACCAAUCAUGUCAAUGCGGAGCUAUACAGAGCCCUCCACUUUGUUCCAACAUUUGAGAGGCGCACGGCAUGCAGUACAGGAGCUCAAUUAGGCCUCGUCGUGCAUCCGGAGGCUUCGCAAUUGCGUCACACCAUCCAUACGGCGCCUCCGAUAUUUUCGGAUCAAGCAUAAAUUGGCUGUUUGCUAUACUCAUUAAUCGCAGCUGCGGUGCUGGUUGUAGCAUUUUAUGUCUUAUAAAAGUGUUGAACAAAGUGUUGACAGUGCAGAAUAACAACUUAAACAUGAACUUACUCAUAAAAACAGCAGCUCUUUGCUGUAUUCUCUAGUGAUGGUUUUGAAAUCGCACAGUAUCAACUUUGCUGCGCGUUCAAGGCUUUUUUUUCCCCUUUAUUUUUAUUUUUUUACAGUCUAAGGCUUGAAAACUGUGCAGACACGGGGAUCUGAGCUAUUUGAUUGGCCAGCGGUAGCCCUAUAGGUGCACUUGAUUUGCUCUCUGGGGCUGCCGGGUAGAGGGAGUUCUACCUUCAGAAACAUGAAAUGGUUCAAAAUGGGAACACUUUGCCUUCCCGGCGACAGCGCGAAACGAAUAAAAAAAAAUAGGAGCGCAAGACUUUAUCGUGUUUUUUUUUACAGAAAUGUUUGGUGAUGGACCAGUUGGUGACCACUGGUUUAGAUGAAGGCAAGGAGACUGGUUAAAGAAGGAUUUUUAAGCCUUGAGACAAUUUUUUUUACAUUUUAGUCAUUUUAGCAGACGCUCUUAUCCAGAGCGACUUGAGACAUGGAUUGUGUAUGUGUGACAUUCAGAGGGUGAAUGGGCAAGACAACAUAUUUAAUUGCCUUUGAAUGGGGUAUGGUAGUAGGUGCACCGGUGUGUGUGUCAAGAACUAUAACGCUGCUAGGUUUUUCACGCUCAACAGUUUCCUGCAUGUAUCAAGAAUGGUCCACCACCCAAAGGACAUUCAGCCAACUUGACACAACUGCGGGAGUCAACAUGGGCCAGCAUCCCAGUGGAACGCUGUUGACACCUUGCCAUGCCCUGACAAAUUGAGGCUGUUCUAAGGGCAAAAGGGGGUGAAACUCAAUAUUAGGAAGGUGUUCCUAAUGUUUUGUACACACAGUGUAAGUAACUCAUCUUCUGAAGACAAGAAGGUAUUAGGUUAGGGAAAUACAUGUUUCAGGUACAUAAUGUUACUUACACACCAAAAGUUAGGCCUAACCAGACUGGCUGUUUCUUCUAUUGAUAUUUACCCCCAUGCCUGACCUCUCCGUCUUCCCUCAGUGCUGAUUGAUGCCAUAGUGAGGAACGGGAGCUCUGCUGCUCCAGAGGAGCCCCACAUACCCCCGCCGCGUGGCUUUCGAUCCAAUGACGAGGGCGGGGAUCGAGAGGAAGCAUGCAACGAGGAGAAGAAGACCUACACAGAGGAUCAGCGUCAGGGUGUUCUCAGGUACCUGCGUGAUAAGGCCUACAUUCAUUUUGAGCACUUAUAGAUCUUCGCUACAUUUGUCAAGGUGUCCACCAAGUGAAAGUGCAACUGCACAUUGUACCUUUGUGGUAUCAGAUGUCAUGCUCAUCUUUGUGGUGUUUGAUCCAUGCAGGAUAAAGAAAUGCAAGGACUUCUAUGAGAUCCUUGGCGUUCCCAAAGACUCUAGUGAUGAAGAUCUGAAGAAGGCAUACAGGAAGCUGGCACUGAAGUUCCACCCUGACAAGAACUGUGCCCCGGGAGCCACAGAUGCAUUUAAAGGUAAAGGGAUGCCUCUGUUACUGCUGUGUUUCCCCUGACCUGAUCCAGGACUCAUCUGAUUCACAUCUUCCUCCUCCUCUGGUCAAAUUAGAUGAUCUUGUGAGCUAAAAAAAAUAUUAUAAAAAAAUAGAUGAAUAAAUAGGGCCACUGUACAUUGUGGAACUGCUGGUGCAGAUAACUAGCUCCUUAAUUAUCACGCUAUUGUGCAUCGAGUCAGACAACACCACACCAAGAGCAUCAAUCAUAGGCCUGAUAAGUAUUUUGGUUCUCUGCAGCCAUAGGCAAUGCGUAUGCGGUGCUGAGCAAUGCUGAGCAGCGUCAUAAGUAUGACCAGUACGGAGAGCAGGCUCCCUCUGAGGGCAGCGCUCACGCUCGCCAUGGACACUACCGCAACUUCAACAGGGACUUUGAGGCUGACAUCUCCCCUGAAGAACUUUUCAACAUCUUCUUUGGAGGAAGAUUUCCCACAGGUAAGAUAUGUGUGUUUGUGUGGAAGUCAAUGUUAUUAUAGUAAACUGAAACUAAGGGAUUGAUUAAUUCCGUAUCGCUGCAGUUCAGCUUUACAGCGUGAUUGAAAUUUAAAGGCAAUGUUCCCACGUUAGCAGAGACUGCAUUCACGGUAAAUGCUGCAUAUGUCAGCUCAAUCGGAAAUUACCUUUACAUUUAUAUUGCGUAAUCUGUAACGCUUCAACGAUACAGAUUAAAUAGAGCCCUAAAACUAAUCAUACAAACUUUUGUAACUUAAAUAAAAUUAAGAAACUCAUUUUUUAAACUACUGAAACUAAGUAAAAUUAAAGAAACAUCAAAUUAUGUUCAGUUUUAGUUUAUUUUCUUCUAAACUUUGGGCACAAAUCGAAUAGGGUUUAAGCUUCUUUUUUUCAGUGGGGUUUUCAAGCUUCUGAAUCUGGCGGGUAAAUGCUGCCAGGAGAUGGCGAUGUUUCAAAUAGACCUAGCUUGUGCAUCACUAGUCUCUCUAGACGGACAGGUAGCCACCCACAGUGUACCAAUGUUCCUGCAUACACCUCUGUAGAAGUGCCUGCAUCAGUUGGGACAGAGAGGAGGAGUCGGAAAUGGGACGAAGUGUCACCAGUGACAUCACCGCCGUAUCCGCUUGUUGCCCAAGUGUAAAACAUCCCCGCCAGACACAACAUAGUAUCUAGCUAGCAAGCUGGAGAAUGCAAAGGUUAUUUUUAAUGAGUGCAUUUAGCAAAUGGCUAGUUUGCGUCAUCUACCUUCACUAAAACCAGUGCAAAGGCUUUGCCUGCAAACUUUGGUUUCUAAUUGUGACAUUCUGGCCCGUCUACCCAAACUCGUGAUUUGUUGGGAGAGUUGUCUGUCUGAAGAGGACCCUCCCCUGAAUUUUUUUCUUCUUCUCCCCCUUUCAAAAUGUCCAAGAGAAUCCGACAUCCUCCCCAGACCUAGCGCUGCUGUUGCCUAGGUCUGGGAUUUCCGAGACUAGUGCAUCACUAUCACUAUAGCUAACAAAUGUGCCAUGACUUCAUUUGUUUUGUUUUUCCUCUCUUUCAGAUAAAGGUACUUGAUUCUUCUUACAUAUACUACUAAAGUUGAAAAAGCAUUGGAUUAUUGUAAACAUGGGCAAGUUUUCAUCCAUAUUUCUUGCACCAGUCUAGGCACUAAUUAUUUAAAAUCACAAUGAGAUUGACUUUAUAAUUUAAACCUAACAUAUCAAUUUGUAUUACUGCCCCCAAGUGGCAAGAAGAGACAUCCCCACAAAUGAUAGGCAUACAAAACAGAAACGUCUCUUAGCCUCCUACGACUAGUCUACUUUCUGUCCUUAAAACUAAAACUAGUAAAUCGAGUCUGAAAACAAACUAAAACUGAACUCAAAUUUCUAAUAAACAUUGAAAAGUCCAGUGUAGCUCAGUUGGUAGAGUAUGGCGUUUGCAAUGCCAGGGUUGUGGGUUCGAUUCCCACGGGGGACCAGUAUGAACAAAACAAAAAUGUAUGCACUCACUAACUGUAAGUCGCUCUGGAUAAGAGCGUCUGCUAAAUGACUAAAAUGUAAAAACGAAUAUCAAUAAAAAUUAAAAACACAACUAUAAUAACCUUGGUGGAAGUGUGUGCAUGUAUGUGUCUGAAAGAGAGAGCUGGUGUUUGUGUACGUUUCUCUCUUGUUGCUUUAAUUUUGGAUUGGCAGUUGUUUCAUAGUAGUUAAGAGUAUGUUCUGCUCCCUCAGGCAACAUCCAUGUGUACACAAACCGAGGAGCCACCUACUCUAACUUCUACCAGCCUCGUCGGCGACGUGCAUAUGAGAGGCGCGAGGAGGAGGUGGAGGAGAACCGCAGUCCGGUCAGUCAGUGCCCACAUGAGGAAUCUCCUAGAAACUCCCACCAGUUCACAUCAUAGAUGUUCUGUAGCUGUGUGAUUAACCAACAGGGCUACAGCUGAUUUUCUAUGGGCGUACAGUUUAACCCACAUGGCUACAGCGUAUGUAUUCCCUAUGUGCUCACAAUGAAUGCUGGGCUUUAAAUUUAAAGCCACCAUUCCUUAAGGUUGGGUUUUUGAUCGUUUGUGCCAUUAGAUAUUAUUUCCCUCUAUGCAGUGCUGCAAUAGAAAUGAGAACCGUAUGCUGCUCCAAGAGGGUCCUAGAAACAUUACUGCAGAUUGAUUUAAAUGUAUUUACAGGUACUGGUAUAUGGUGUGUUAUGAACUUUUGCUUGAACAUUUUCUUCUGGUUUUACCUUUCCUCAGCAGAACACCUUCACAGCCUUCCUGCAGCUUCUUCCUGUUCUGGUGCUGAUCCUCAUAUCUGUUGUGACCCAACUGAUGGCCACCAACCCUCCCUACAGUCUCUUCUACAAACCGUGAGUCCACCACAUCAACCAAGCUUCUUGAUGACAUGUUUGUCUCUAAAGUAGACUGCAUAUGAACCUCAUUCAGACUAGUUCCAUGGUAUCUGCUGGGUGCAGAGUGCAUGAGGACCCUUAAGAGGGUGAGGUGUGAUGGGGAUUACCCUCUAUAAGUCUGCCUGUAGUGGGACUGAUUGUAUGUUUGUCUUUCAGGGCCAUGGGCCUGGUGGUCUCCCGGGAGACCCAGAAUAUGGGUGUGCCCUACUAUGUGGACAAGGGCUUCCAGAAGGAGUACCAUGGGGAGUCCCUGGAGGAGCUGGAGAAGACCAUAGAGAGUGACUACAUUGAACACCUGCAGAGCACCUGCUGGAAGGAGAAACAGCAGAGUAAGUCCAGCUGCAGUCAGAUCCUGGCAGCUUGGUGCUGGCCCAACUGGAGACAUGUUGACUGAGACAGCCACGCAUGGUUUAUUCAUGUUGCAGAGUAUGAAUUUUAUCCAUAUAUUAGCUGAUAUGUUUUUCCUCCAUCCUCGUUCAGAGUCGGACUUGGCGAACCUUGCACAACUGUACCGUGAUGACAGACUGAAGGCGAAGGCUGAGUCUCUGAAGCUGGACAACUGUGACAAGCUGUACCGCUUUGUGGGCCGGCAGAGAGGAGAAUGAGGGGCUUAGACAGGAGGAGAGGGAGGCAUCUCUUUCCAGCUGGGAAUUCUACACUUUACUCAUUUAAUAUUGUUUAUUUAUUUUAUUUAUUUAAUCGGGUCACUUUUUUGAAGAAUUGUCUCUUCCCUCUGGUUAGAGCACAGUAGCAGCCAAAGCCGUUUUGAAUUGAAACAUUGUGCCGCCUCCUCUCGGAUUGAAGAAAGUGGAGGCGCAUAUACUGUAAGCUGCCAACCCUGGCUCUGUGUAGAUAACAUGAAGCCCAGCCUGGCUGGCUCUGGGAUUGUUGUAUUGAUGUACGGGAGCCUUGUUUCUACUUCCUUACAUUAAGGAAUAUGGGCUUGCUUACAAGGUUUGAGAAUAUGGUUCUGUUCACACGUACACUUUCUGUUAGUCACCUAUUUGAAGCAUGUUUAGCAUUGGUGGUUACUCAUUUAUUUUGAUCUUGGUUUCUGUGGCGUGAGUUAAAUUGGAGUAUAUUGAGUAGGUCUUGGGAAAGAACAUAGCUAGAGCAGUGAGUUAAUUUUUAAUUGGAAAUAACGUUUUAAUUGUGAAGAAAGAAGGCAAGGACCUGAAAGCCACUAACUUCUAGAAAAGGUUCAGAUAGAGAGGCAAACGACGUGAGAUUCUAUUUGAAAAGACAGAUCUAUAUUGUCUUAAACCGUGAAGGAAAAUGUGUAGAUUUGCCGUGCUGUUUAGAGAAACAAAGCAUGGCAAGAGCUAUAUAUCUCUAGCAUAUUAGAUCCACUUACAAUUUAACUGCGGAUGUCUGUUUUAUGUGAAGACUGAUGCAUUGAUCUGUUUUUAUUUGAUUUUGCUGUGCAUUAAGACUUUGCCAAACAGCGUUGCUGUAGUUGUAUUUAUUGUCCAUUGGUCAUUUUGGUUCAUUCGAGCACAUUUUGAUGCUGUUUUAUUUUGAACCUGCCACCCUACGUCCCUGAUGCAUGCAUAUUUUAUCCAUGUCCUUGUGUUAAACAUCAGGUGCUCAGUCAACAGCUACACUGUAAAAUACUAUUGAGCAAUCCACACAUCCUCCCUAUUCAUGUAAUCGACUUACUUUACUAAAGAUCCUUUAAACAUGUUUAGGUUUUGUUCAGUAAUAAUUUAAAUAUUUUAACGCUUGACCUUCCUUUAGUCAGAUCAUAAAUCCAGCAGACGGAGGGUUAACAGCCACACUAAUGACUAGUGGCAGACCAGCAGGAUGGGGAAGGGGCAGUAAUGGAUUACAGAAUAGACCUGAUGCUAACUGGAGACCCAGUGGCCUCUUGGCUAAACUCUGGUGUCCAGUUGAUUUGUGCUGCCAGAGCAGGUUUUCAAGCUGGUUUAAUAAAAUGUUAAAAAAUC